GCGCUUUUAAAAAGGAGACGUCACCACUGACCGACACAUCUUUGUCAGUGAACAAAAUGGCAACGUACUGUCUCACGGUGGCCCGGCUCCAGCUGGCUCUGGGUCGCGGUGCACGGCGCCUUCACGUAUCGGCGGCUUACAGAGCCAGAGCCAAAGUGUCCAUGAGCCGCUUUGAGCCGAGCUCCUUCGUCAACUACGAGAGGCUCCAAUCCAACGUUGACAUCGUGCAGCAGAGGCUCAACCGGCCGCUCACCCUGUCGGAGAAGAUCGUGUACGGCCACCUCGACGACCCCCGCAGACAGGAGAUCGAGCGCGGGCGCACCUACCUGCGGCUGCGUCCGGACCGCGUGGCCAUGCAGGACGCCACGGCCCAGAUGGCGAUGCUCCAGUUCAUCAGCAGCGGCCUGCCGAAGGUGGCCGUGCCCUCCACCAUCCACUGUGACCAUCUGAUCGAGGCCCAGGCCGGAGGAGUGGAGGAUCUGGCCAAAGCGAAGGAAGUCAACCGCGAGGUCUACGACUUCCUGUCCAGCGCCGGAGCAAAAUACGGAGUCGGCUUCUGGAAACCGGGUUCUGGAAUCAUUCACCAGAUCAUCCUGGAGAACUAUGCCUACCCGGGAGUGAUGCUCAUCGGCACAGAUUCCCACACGCCCAACGGUGGCGGUCUGGGUUCCAUCUGCAUCGGCGUCGGCGGAGCGGACGCUGUGGACGUGAUGGCAGGAAUCGCCUGGGAGCUCAAGUGCCCCAAGGUGAUCGGCGUGAAGCUGAGCGGGGCCCUCUCGGGCUGGACGUCUCCCAAAGACGUCAUCCUGAAGGUGGCCGGCAUCCUGACCGUGAAAGGCGGCACUGGAGCCAUCGUGGAAUACCACGGGCCGGGAGUCGACUCCAUUUCCUGCACCGGCAUGGCCACCAUUUGCAACAUGGGAGCCGAGAUCGGAGCGACGACCUCUGUGUUCCCCUACAACCACCGCAUGAGGACGUACCUGGAGAAGACGGGACGGGGACAGAUCGCUGCCCAGGCGGAUGAAUUCUCCCACUUGUUGGUGCCGGAUGAAGGCUGCGAGUACGACCAGCUCAUCGAGCUCAACCUGGACGAGCUGAAGCCUCACAUUAACGGGCCCUUCACCCCUGACCUGGCCCACCCAGUCUCUGAAAUCGGUGCCGUUGCCAAGAAGAACGGCUGGCCGCUGGAGGUGAAAGUCGGUCUGAUCGGCAGCUGCACCAACUCCAGCUACGAGGACAUGGGCCGCGCCGCCUCCGUGGCCAAGCAGGCUUUGGACAGAGGGCUGACCUGCAAAGCUCAGUUCACCGUCACCCCCGGCUCCGAGCAGAUCCGCGCCACCAUCGAGCGAGACGGAUACUCGAAGAUCCUUGGCGACGUUGGCGGCGUGGUCUUGGCCAACGCGUGUGGGCCAUGCAUUGGGCAGUGGGACAGGCAGGAUGUGAAGAAGGGAGAGAAGAACACGAUCGUCACCUCCUUCAACCGGAACUUCACUGCCAGGAAUGACGCCAACCCGGCGACGCACGCCUUCGUCACCUCCCCCGAGAUCGUCACCGCCAUGGCCAUCGCCGGGACGCUCGACUUCAACCCGGAGACGGAUUACCUCACCGCUGCCAGCGGGGAGAAGUUCAAGCUGGACGCCCCGUACGGAGACGAGCUCCCCGCCAAGGACUUCGACCCCGGCCAGGACACGUACCAGCACCCGCCCCCCGACGGCGCCGGCCUCCGGGUGGACGUCGCCCCCGACAGCAAACGGCUGCAGCUGCUGGAGCCCUUCGACAGGUGGAGCGGAGGCGACCUCGAGGACCUGAAGGUCCUCAUCAAGGUGAAGGGCAAGUGCACCACAGACCACAUCAGCGCUGCCGGACCCUGGCUGAAGUUCCGCGGCCACCUGGAUAACAUCUCCAACAACAUGCUGAUCGGUGCGGUCAACAGCGAGAACGAUGGCAUCAACAAGCUGAAGAACUACCUGACAGGGGAGUACGCAGGAGUCCCCGACGUGGCCCGUCACUACAAGGCCAACGGUGUGUCCUGGGUCGUGGUGGGAGAUGACAACUACGGCGAGGGCUCCAGCAGAGAGCACGCCGCCCUGGAGCCUCGGCACCUGGGAGGAAGAGCCAUCAUCGUCAAGAGCUUUGCUAGGAUUCACGAGACCAACCUGAAGAAGCAGGGCGUGCUGCCACUGACCUUCAGCAACCCAUCAGACUACGACAAGAUCCGCCCGGACGACCACAUCUCCAUCAGAGGGCUCCAAGCCUUCGCUCCAGGAAAGCCUCUCGCCGCCGUCGUGAAGCACGGCGACGGCAGCGAGGAGACCCUGGCGCUGAACCACAGCUUCAACGAGACGCAGAUCGAAUGGUUCCAGGCGGGCUCCGCCCUGAACAGGAUGAAGGAGCUGCAGUGAGCCGGCGGAAGGAGGAACAACCGCGUGGAGGAGAAGGGAUGUUCAGAAAAGAAUGCACAUGCUGUUCAUGUCAGUUUCUUCAUCAUCAUCAUCAUCCGUAAGACGGGUACCAUCUCACUCGUAGUGAAUCCUCUACGUGCUUGUGGAUUUAAGUACAUGUACAUGUUGUCCACGUUGAAGGGUCCAGGACCAUCACCUCCUGACCUACAGGAAGUAGGUCAGACACCGGUUGCCUUGAAGAAAGUUUGUUACCGCUGGUAAAACUGCUCUUAGACAAAGUUCUCGCUUGUUUUAUUCAGUAACUCAUGUGAAUCUCCUGAUUCUGGAGAUCAAUAACUUCAAAGGGAUCAGAAUCCAGAUGUGUUUGCAUUCGCGAGCACUUUAUUUUCCUUCCUGGUCCGUCCAGACUAAAUGAAUCAAGAGGUUAAUCAGGUGGAACCUUCUCAAUAACCAACGGUUACUUCUACAUACAAGUGAUUUAUUUAUUUGUCCCUGUUGGUGUUUUGUUUCUAACAAAGAUUUCAUUUGGUUGUAAAAUAAAUCAAAGAUGUGAUUAAUUUA